AUGCGCGACCCCGACUUCUACAAGGUGUUGGGCCUCACGAAGCGCGCCACGGCGGCGGACAUCCGCAAGGCCUACAAGAAGAAGGCGCUGGAGACGCACCCGGACAAGAACCCCGGGCGGAACACGGAGGACGCCUUCAAGGCCGUCGGCGAGGCCUACGCGACGCUCUCCGACGAGGCGAGGCGCAAAGACUACGAC